AUGCGCGCUGUUAAAUCUAAGCGGAACCGCAAGGGAUGGGGGCUCAAUAUUGGACAAGCCCGUUGGAUCACUAACUUACGAUUCGCCGUCGAUGUCUUGUUGAUUGGCACAUCAUUAUGCCAGGUCCGGAACAUGCUCCAAGGCAUUCGCGACGCAGCUCGAGAAAGGGGUCUGGAACUCCACCCAGACAAGACGAAGAUCUUGAGCAUCGCUACGAUGUGCACGGGACGACCCAAAGAAGCUGCAGUGAAGGUCGACGACCUGAACAUCAAGAUCAUUCCAUCUUCGGGUACGUGGGAAUAUCUGGGGCGACAGAUUUCGUUCAGCAACACGCACGAGACUCAGAUCGACCACAUCGUUUCCAUGGCGUGGACGAAGUUAAAAAUUCACCGGGCUGAACACACAAGAAAUCAUUAUUCCAUCAAUUCUCGUCUGCGGCUUUUUGAAAGCACGGUAUCUUCGACCAUGCUGUACGGCUGUGAAGUAUAUGGGUCUUGA